AUGAAAGGAGACAUUCCAUCGCCACGAACCCUUUCUGCAUUUACAAAAUAUAGAGAAAAUGGGAAUUUAAAAUUUGUUAUAUAUGGAGGAGUUGGACUAAAUGGUGAUGAAAGCAAUUUAGCAAUUUUAGAUGUUAAUUCAAUGAAAUGAAGUCUAAUGCCUGCAAACGGAGAUGCCCCAGACCGAAUUUCAGCAGCUUCUUUAGAAUAUUAUAAUGGAAUGCUAUACUUAGUUGGAGGUGUUGAUGACUCAAUUCCAGUUGACCUGAAAUAUAAUAUCGUUAGCUGCUAUUUUGGAACUUUGGAACCUAAAUGUGGAAUCUUUUCCACGUGUGAAAAGAUGAUUCCACAUGUGAAGCCUUUUGAUUUCACACGUGGAAAAGAUUCCACAUUUAGGUUGCAAAGUUCCAAAAUAAGCAACUAACGAUAGUGAUUUUUAUCAAUACGAUUUGAUUAAAAAUAUAUGAGCAAAAAUAAGCAAUCCACGAUUUAUUUACACUCAUAGGAGCUUCGCAGGAAGCGCGGUAUAUGAUGGGUAUUUUUACUUCUUUUUUGGCUGAAGUGAUAAAUCAGGCAAAGAAAUUUUUGAGACAAGCAUGGUCAAUUUAAACGACCCAAAUUUCCAAUGAUUAAAUAUAACCCUAGGAGACAAAGCAAGCACGAAUGCUUUAUAUAGAGAUUCUUAUAGCUUUGCAUCAGUGAAUUCUUCGUUUUUUAUUUUUGCAGGAUAUAGCAUGGCAUCAGGAAAUCUAAACGAUUUGAUUAAGUUUAAUUUAUCUGACAAAGAAAUUACAUAUACAUAUCUGUCAAAACCUUAUACAGGCCCAUCGGCACGAUCUCAUCACUCUAUGCAAAUUAUGGAAGCAAAUAUUUACAUAUUUGGCGGAGACAAAAGUGGAUUUAAGCUAAACGAUUUAUGAAGAUUUGACAUUGAAACUGAGAAUUGAGCGUUUCUUUAUCCAAGCGGAGACAUUCCCCCUGCCAGGUCACACCACUCAGCUGGUGCACAAGGAAACGCGAUGUAUAUAUUUGGCGGAAUAAGUGAAAGUGGCUCUUUUCUCAAUGAUUUAUAUCAAUAUGAUGUGACUUCAAAUCUUUGAAAGCAUAUUGAGCCCUCAUCAUUAAACACUCCAUCAGCGCGAUAUUCUUCUUGUAUAGUUUAUUCAAUUCCAAUUCUAUAUAUAUUCGGAGGAAUGACAUCAACAGGAGUUUCAAAUGAACUUUGAACCUAUGAUUGCGGCUCGAAUAAAUUCACUUUAAUAUCAAAAAAGGCUCCUUAUAGUAUAUAUUAUCCUCGAUGUGCAGUUGAUACUUCAGGCAGCAUAUUUUAUGUAUUAAAUGGGCAAGGUGAAAGAGAUGCACCAAUGAGCUAUAUAUUUUCUUUUAAUUUGUCAAGCGCAGAGUGAAAAGUACUUAAAGAGCCUGAUAUUUUUGAUAGAAACAAAGCUGAUGGUAUUGCUGUGUAUAUUGAAGACUUCGUAAUAUAUAUAGGAGGACAGCAAUGAGGAACUGAUCCAAAAUCGUCAGCAUAUGCCAUUGAUUUAUUGAAUAAUUUCCAAUAUUAUGACUACCCAUUAUCUCCUAUGCAUUUUAUUGGAUCAGCUUUUGCAUAUUAUAAAACAGACAUUUACGUGCAUGGAGGGGUGGCAUCUACUGAUUUAAUUAUAAGAAACUUAAUCCCUGUCAUAAAUUUUUAUAAAAUAAGCUUGACACAAUUUUGCAACCAUAACUCAUGUCCUGCUAUUUGCAGCCCUGGAACUUAUAUAGCCAAAAAUAGCUGCAAACCUUGUGAAAGAGGAACAUAUAAUCACAAAUUUGGUCAAGCAGCUUGCAAUGAUUGUGAUCUAGGAACCUAUAAUCCGAACAUAGGAAGUAAUUCAGUUAGAGAAUGCUUUCCAUGUAAAGCAGGCGAAUUCAGUGAUUUAAGAGGGCAAUAUAGAUGCAAACUUUGUCCAUUAUAUCAUUACUGUCCAACUGGAAGCUCAAAACCAUCAGAUAUACCAUCAAGCACAAUGUAUAGCUCGUUGCAGCCUCGCAGUUAUACAGGAAAUUCAGGAGAAGUUUCAGCACUAAACACAUAUUAUUUGUACUCCAGCAUAGGAUUUUUCAUAAUUGUAACAAUAUCAAUUAUUAUUUCUAAAGACCUAAGAAAUGAGCUGAGAAAAAUCGAUUCAUAUUCAGAAAAUCAUAACUUAGAACUAGAGGCAGUAAUGAGGAAAUCAAAAAAUAGGUUUGGAGGCUAUUUUACUAUAGGAUUUAUAGUGGGUGCUUUAUGACUUAUAUAUGCCAAUAUUGUAACAUAUAUUCUUGACAAUGCGGUUGAAACCAAGACUUUAUUACCUUUAGCUGCAGUAUGAGAUGAAACAAAGUCAUAUAGAGGGGAUAUUACCCUCGUGCUCACUCUUCUUAGAUAUGGAGGAAAUUGCACAAAUAAUGGUGCCUGCGUUGAAAGUUUAUAUACUACUUCAAACCAAGUAGUAAGCUCCUCUGUUAAUCAAUCAUGCUAUAUGGAUCCUAAUGAUAAUUGCAUAGUGACUUUCUUUUGUAAAAACUGCGAAUUCUCUACUGGAGCGGAAAUUAAUGUAUUACUGCAAGAAUCUUUGAGUUUCUGCUCAGGAAUUUUGGUAAAUUUAACAUCAACCUCUUCUAUUCCUAAUGAGAUCAGCAGCGAAAAAAUUGGAGUCAUGUCUGACCAAAAUAAGAUUUUUAGAGGCUAUAGUCCGACUACUUUUUAUUUUACUAUGACGCCUUCAUUAUUCAAAUCUUCAGUUUCAUCUUGGCCCAGUAAGUCAACUGGAUAUCACGUUGAGAUAUUGUCCUCACCUUCCAAAGGAUCACAGCAUUAUGCAUAUGAACUUCCUUUCAGCUCAGAUUUGAACGUUAAGAUUGUAAUAGAAAAGAAUAAUGACUGUCUGAGUACAACAAGAAAUGCCAAGCAUACGCUUCUUAUUUUGCUGAGUGCUGUGCUAGGAGCAGUUUUUGGGUGAAAAGGAACGAUGCAAGGAAUAAUGCAGACUAUAGAAAGGAGGAUAUGGUAUGCCCGUACAAAAAUCAGUAAAGCAGUACAAAUAUCAAAUUCAAUUGCUUCAAGCAAAAAUUUAGCUAAUAUUUUCAAUUCAGAAAUUAUAAAUAAAGAUGAAAUCUGUUGCAGUGUAGAAGAAAAUGAUAAAAACUACUUGUUGGGGAGAAAAAAGACUUGCUAUCCUGAAUAA